UACGAUAGUAGAAAAAACAGAUAUUAAUUCAACCAUUAACGGAUAUCCAAUAAUUCCAUAUAGCAAAAUAAGAAAAUGGAGAUCAUGUUCGGCGAAUGCUCAGAAACUGUGUUCAUUGAACCAUGGUCGCAGUGCGACAUCUUUCAAUAAAACAAAGAAAGAAUCAAGCAUUCCUUUAGAAGAAAGAAUCACAGUUGUCGUAAAAACAAUAAACUCACGGGGAUCAUUAGUAAUACGAAUGAUUCGUUCAUUGUGGGAAUUUUACAAUAAAAUGAAGGUGAUAAUCGUAGGUGAAACAAAUCCAAAUUUCCACCCAGGAAAUGACUUAUAUGACUUCAUCAUGGAAAACCAGCAAUAUCUCGUUUAUAUUCAAGUAACAGUUGACUCUGGUAUUUCAUAUGGCCGCAAUGUCGGUGUAAACGCGGCCAGCACGGAUUUGAUAUUUCUCAUUGAUGAUGACGUAAUGUUCACUAACGAAACAGACCUGAGGAAGAUGGUAAACAUUAUCGAUACAAGUGACAUAUCAUUGGUGGCUGGAGUAUAUCAUCUUGGAUUGACUGGAAUAUUCCAUAUCCUUAAAUCCAGGCUAUAUAUUUUCAAAUAUACGUUCUACGAAAAACUACCGUACUUUGAGCAUUGCUACAGAACCGAUAUAACACAGAACGUUUUUCUUGCAAAGCGGGAGGAUCUUAUUAAGACAGAUAUGUGGAGACCCGAUCAAAAAAUAUUAGAGCAUUUGGAUUUUUUCCUGACUUUAAGGAAACAUGGUCUCAAGGUUGCAUCAUGCUUGGAUAUAAAUCUCAAGCACGACAGACUAGCUACUGGUAGCACUAAGACGAGAAGUAAAACCGAGAUUUUCAAAUAUCGAGGAAUGUAUCAGUUUAACUGGGGUCUAGAAGGCUGGUACACCAGUUGCAAUCCUAGUCACUAUCACGACCCAAUUAAUGUUCUUGAGACGUUCUGUCAAAAGUUGAUACACUAAAAACCGCUAAACUGUGAAAUACGUUCUGUCAAAAGUUGAUACACUAAAAACCGCUUAACUGUGAAAUACGUUUUUUCAAAAAGUGAAAAAAGUAUGAAAAUAUGUUUUCAAAUAGUAUGUAGUAUACAUCUGUAUACUUUUGUACAUACGUUACCCAAGGCAUUAGCGAACUCGAAGGGAAUAUAUGUGAAUUUCCAAAUUGAAAUUUGGGUCCAUCCGAAACAGGUCGAAUUUCAAAUCUUCAGCCCCUGAUCAACAUGUCGAGCUAUUAUGCAACAUUUUCCAAAAAGCAAGAACGUUCCUCGUGGUACUCAACUGUCCUUUCAUUAUUGGAUUUGGACUACAAGCAUACUAUUUUCUUUUUGAUGUGCAUCACUUAUCAAUAUGAACCAUUUGGG